AUGAGCUCGUCUCAGAGCAACAAUACACAUUCAUCUAGUGAACCAACUUCGAUUCAUUCAGCAUCGAUUGAUGAAAUCUAUAGUAUUCCCAUGAAAGACAUAAGUCGUCCAUUACCAUCUGUACUUGAUGAAAAAAAAGUGCUAUCACUUAUGGAAACUAUCCAAACAAUGGAUACUCAUCUAGUUCCUCCUAUUGAUGUUCUUUGGUAUGAAGCACCUCAAUCAGGAAAUAAUUAUUUUUUUUCUAUGGGUGGUUGUCAUCGUUGGGAAGCUCAUAAACGUUUAAAUUCUGAAACUAUUCGUGCUAAACUUGUACGAACAACAUUGAAUGAUUUAAAAGUCUAUCUGGGUGCUUCGCUACCAAAUUUAAAAUAA